ACAAAAAAAAACAAACACUAACUUGUCGUCUCUUCUAAAAAUCAUUUCCAAUAUAAAUGACAAAGCAACUUCCUGAACAAUCACAACAAUGGAUUUUGUUUUCCUGAGGGAGUGAAAUCAGAGAAAAACAGAGAAAUGUCGAUUCUACAGUUUGGGUUUUGAAAGGAAGUAAAUAAAUUCAUAUAUAUACCACUUCGUAAUGACGAUCACGCCGGAGUUUGAAUCCUUCCUCAGCUGCGUCUUUGCGAAGGUUUACCGCGGAGGGAGAUCCAUGGGUUCUCACCAAGCUCGCAAUUUCUCUUCUUUACCGCCUGGUAUCAAUAAUGCGUCGAAUGUAGCUGCGCGGUACUUACUUCGAGGAAUAACAGCAACUGUGCUCCUUAUAAUAAGACGCCAAGAAGCAGCCGUCUUGAAACGUCAGGAGGAGCUUAACGAGAUAUCGAGAAAGUUGGAGGAAUUCUUCGAGAAUGAUGAACAAUUUUGGUCUGACAUGGCAGUGAGAGGGAGGAGUCUGAGGAAAACUUCAUCCAAGGAAACGAUAGUUAUCUUUUCAAGCUAGCUUUGGCUAGUAUCCGGUCACUGUGUGGUUUGGAAUUUGAUCAGACAAUCAAUUAAGUAAAUUGCGUUUAGACUGUAUGUGUGUUUUAUGUGAAUUAUUUUAAUCUGAUGCUGCUUUGUCUUA